CUCUCUCUGGGGAGGUGUUUUGUUGUUGUGUUACUUUUUUACCCCGAAUAGUCCGUUUCUGUGAAAGCAAGAACCUAUUUCUCUCGUGUCGAGACGUAUCCGUGAACAUAUGGAGCCGAAACACGUAAACCUAAUCGGUUUAGUCAAUUUAUGGACACAAAGAGUCGCAUGUUGACAAUUUUCGCUAAUGAGCUAGCUCGUUGAAAGUCAGUUGUUUUGAUGUAAAAUUACUUUUUUUCGCUGCAUAAAUGAGAGUUUUUUUGCUUGUGGCAUUUAGAGUUAUUCAAAACCAGGUGUAUUUUGUAAAAUAUCGGAUGUAGCAGCAGCAUACGGUUAUUUUAAGGGACCUCAUCUGCUGGAUUCAGGAUGAACGACAUGAACCUGAGUCCUGUGGGCAUGGACCAGCUCAGCGUGCCUUCGGUCAGCGCCGGCCACCUGGGGCUGCCCACGUCUCCCACUCACAACCCCAUUCCCACUCCAGGCAUGCCCGUGGCUAUCCCCAGUUUGGGUCCGUCCCUCGGUUCCCUCCCUUCUGCUCUGUCUCUGAUGCUGCCCAUGGGUCCCCUGAGUGACAGAGGAGUGAUGUGUGGCCUACCAGAGAGGAACUACUCCCUGCCACCGCCUCCAUACCCACAUCUGGAGAGCAGUUACUUCCGUCACAUUCUGCCAGGAAUUCUCUCCUACUUGGCGGACCGUCCACCCCCUCAGUACAUUCACCCCAGCAGCCUGAACAUGGACGGGACCCUGUCUGUUUCCAGCAACAAUCCCUCUGGUCUGGACCCGUACAGUGGCCCCGGGGGCCCGUUGGAGCAGGGCCUGGUGCCCAUGGACUCCAGGCAGGUCAACGGCCAGGGAGACCUCCACCAGGCUGGCCCUCACGAGCUGGACUCUACAGGGUUAGCCAUGGAGUCGCGGGUCAGCAGCCCCAUGUCCCCCGACCGCAUGGGGGAGGAGCUGGCCAGCAUGGAUGGAGUUGGGGUGGUGGCGGUGUCGGACACCCAGCAGCAGCUCGGGGGGGGGAGGCAGCCUCAGCCUCACGAGAGCCUGACGGGGGUGGACUCUUCCGGGGGAGUUAUGCCCCUCCACGGACCAGCCGGGCUCGAGCUGCCCGUGGUAAUGGAACCGGAUCAUAUAGGGGGGAGAGUGGGCAGUUCUGGUGGAGGAGGAGCAGGAGGACUCGGGGAGCAGCUGCACACGAAUGGGGAAAUGAACUCAGGUGUUGUGAGUGUGGUUCUGACCGGCUCCAUGGCCAGCCAGAGUCAGCUGGAGCCAGUGUCUCUCCAUGGACACUCUGGGAUGGGCCUGGAGGCCGUUAACGUAUCACCAAUCACAGCAGAGGUGUCUCUGGGGCCCGAAAACAACCUGGUGCUGGUCAAUUCCACCCUACAGUUGGAGGACUCUGCUACCAACAAGGAGAACAUGGUCACGGCCUACAACAUCUGGUGCACGUUAUGUGAGCGCUCGUAUACGUCAGACUGUCCAGAGCACGGCCCCGUCACGUUUGUCCCUGACACGCCAAUCCAAACCAGGGCUCGUCUCUCUUUGCCACGUCCACUGUGUCUGCGCAUCUCCGUGGCAGAUGAACCGCUUGGAGUUUUUGCACGGGACAUAAUUCCCCCGAGGACCUGCUUUGGACCAAUGGUGGGGCAGCAUUGUAGCAACGUGGAUCUCUCUGACUGGCCAGAAAAAGACACACCUCAGAUAUGGAAGAUGUACCACAACAAUGUGUUGGAGUUCUGCAUUGUGACAACGGAUGAGAAUGAAUGCAACUGGAUGAUGUUUGUCCGGAAGGCGAGGACCCAUGAAGAGCAGAAUCUGGUGGCGUAUCUUGCCAACGGGAAGCUGUUCUUCUGCACAACCUCAGAGAUCCACCCAGACCAGGAGCUACUCUUCUACUACAGCCGAGACUACUGCAGGCUGAUGGGUGUGCCUCAGGUCCCCGAGGGCCAGAUCUGCCAGUGUGGCAAGGAGUGCUCCUCCUUCUCAGAGCUCAAAUCACAUCUGAGCAGCCAUAACAGCAACCACAGCCAUACCCAGCAGCCUCCACACAGCCACAGCCCGUCGCAGCAGGACCACUCUCAGCAGCAGCCGCCACAGCAGCAGCAGCAGCAGCAGCAGGAGCAGCAGCCGCAGCAGCCGCAGCACGUUCACCAGGACGAAAAACUGACCAACGGAACCUCGAGCUCCUCCUCGUCUCCGUGGCCCUGCAAUCCCCACGCUGCAGGGCAAACCAACGGUGACGGCAGCAGUAAUAGGAACUCUAACAGCAGCACCGCCAGAGCUAAAGGUCAGGGACACACGCGGGAGAAGAAAUUCAAGUGUAACAUGUGCUCCCGGGCUUUUAUUACAUCCACUAAGCUCAACAUGCACUUCAUGGGACACGUGGGGAUGAAACCACACAAGUGUGAAUACUGCAGCAAAGCCUUCAGCGAUCCCAGCAACCUCAGGAUGCACCUCAAGAUUCACACAGGUCAGAAAAACUACAAAUGCACGGUUUGUGAGAAGUCGUUCACUCAGAAAUCCCACAUGGCCUCACACAUGCUCAUCCACACCGGGGCAGAAAAACUCAAGUGCGACCUCUGCGAGCGGGCGUUCAUCAGGAAACACGACCUGAAGCAGCACAUGUUCUCUCACACGCAUGAACGUCGGAUUCAGUGCCCAAAGUGCAACAAAAACUUCCUGAAAACCAACCACCUGAAGAAGCACAUGAACUCUCACGAGGGCCGCAGAGACUUCAUCUGCGAGAAGUGCCACAAAGCUUUCCUCACCAAGUACCACCUCACCCGUCACCUCAAGAUCUGCAAAGGGCCCAAGAUGGAGAGGAACUCUCGAAAGGAGCAGGACGGGGAGGACAAAGAGGACGCGGAAGAUGGCAGGGUGGGAAGGAGGAGGAGAAGAGGAGGAGAGAGGUUCAUGGAUUCAGCUAAUGAUGAAGACUGCGGUUUAGAUGUUGGAGGAUACAACUCUGAAAAAUCUCUCUCGCCCCCGCAUUAAUCACACUUCGCCUCUUUAGGUGUUUUAUUUAUUUGCUUUACUACAAUACCAAUGUUUACCUCUUAUAUCUGCCAAAUGUUUCUUUAAGAAAACAUAACUGAAAUAUCUUUGAUAAAGAAAAUUCAGCUGCCACAUUUGUAGAUUAUGAUUGUUUAAGGAUGUUUAGUUUCUCAUCAGGUCAAGACAUUAAACUGGGAAUCACGUACUGCCUCAAGUGGAGGAAUUGUAGUUUCGGGGUCUUGUUCACCAGUGAGGGAAGAAUGUAGCGG